GGGUACAAAACUCGCGGGAAAAUACUGAACUGUGCGAGACGCGACUCUGACCACCGGCCGCCUCCUCCAGACCUUCACUCUGUUGCUCGUGUCUCUUCCCCACACGCACAAAUUUAACAGAAAUCUUUCUUAUACAUUAAACGUUUGGGAGAAUCAUGGGUAAGAAGAAAGACAAGGACAGCAGUGAGCAGUCUCACUUCAUGAGCAUGGAAUCCCAUAGUCAUAAUCAAGAUCCAGCAAUGACUACAGUGAAGAAACCCAAAAAACAUAAACACAAAAAAUCUUCCAAGAAAGAAGAGGUAGAGAGGAUCAUAAAUGUUGAAGAUAUUGAAGAUAUGGAUGUCACUGUUGAUGACAUUGAUGACUCGCCAACCCAAGGGUUAAAGUUGAAAAUUAAGAUUGACUCUUCCCCCGAAAAGCCAACCACACCAAAAUCUGUUAAGGUCAAAUCCGAGAAGAGCAAGACCACUGGGGGCAAGAAAAGUGGCAAAAAGAAAGACGGUAAAGGGGAGGAUGACACAGACAGUGAAGAGGAGCGAUGGCUGGACGCUAUAGAGUCUGGCAAACUUGAAGAGGUUGAUGAUGAAUUAAAGCGAAUGAAAAAUCCUCGACUGAUGACUGCCCGACAGCGAGCAAUGUUGGAAAAAGAAAAGAAAACAGAUGGAACAGAUGAUGCUUUCCCAGUAAUACCAGCUGAACCUCUCUUGUCUCUGCCCUCAGGUUAUCUUAUACAUGUUGAUGUUGAACAGAUUCACCCUGAACUGGUGUCUAAAUUUGAACUGAAUCCAUUCACAAUUGGGGCUUUUGAUUACUUUAAUUUCUUGAUGCUUUUCCUGAAUAUUUCACAUGUUUAUGCUGUGUACCACUGUAUUUCCCAACAGAAAAAAACAGUUGAUCGUCUACUUAAGAAGCAAGACUCAAAAGUAGGAAAAAUUAGUAGACUGAAAUUCUCAAAAAAGGAAAUUCCAAUGUACUCUUACAUUAAUAAUGAAGAUAUGGUGGCACUCUCUGUUCCAGUUUCUUUUCCUUUUCCAAUGGAGAGGCAGCAUGAAAGGGAGAAGCCGGUGGCCAAAUUGUGUGGUGUUCCAGGAUGUUCCAACCAGAAAAAAUACUCGUGUUCCAGAACCGGUGUACCACUCUGCAGUCUCCAGUGCUAUAAAAUUAAUAUUUCUGUAAACAAAUCUUCUAUUACAGCAUGAACAAAUUAUUUAUAAAAAAAUAUACAGUAUAUAUAGGAAA